UCGUAUUAACAUCCAUGUUCAGGACACCAACGACAAUUCACCACAAUUUAAGGAGGAUUCGGUUAAAAUAGAAAUUCGUGAAUCUGCUGUUAAAGGUGCCACUUUUCUUCUAAAUGAAGCGCAUGACGCAGACAUUGGAGAUAACGCUGUAAGGAGCUAUUCUCUCCAACAAAAUGAUCACUUCAAGUUAAAUGUUAAAACUAAAGGAGCUGGACGUAAAUAUAGUGAAUUAGUUUUAGACAAAAAAUUAGACAGAGAAGAAACAAAAGAGAUCGUGUUGCUCGUCACAGCAUUAGACG